UGCUUGUACCGCCGACGCCAUUGCGCUUUGAGAAAAAAUUUCAGCAUUUUCUUUGACAAGGGGCGCCUUACAGCACCCCAAGUACUUGUGUGACGUGUUUUCGGAAAACCUAAACCAUUAUUCGAAUUUGAUUCAAGUUCUGUUUCCAAUCCAAAGGCUAGUGACAGAAAAAAGUCGACAUGUCAAGUUCCCGCAACAAUGAAGCCCGAAUUUAUGUUGGUAAUCUGCCACCCGACAUCCGCACUAAAGAUAUUGAAGACUUGUUCUACAAAUUUGGAAAAAUUGCCUAUAUUGAUUUGAAGAACCGAAGAGGACCUCCGUUUGCAUUUGUUGAAUUUGAGGAUCCCAGGGAUGCCGAAGAUGCUGUUCAUGCCCGUGAUGGCUAUGACUAUGAUGGGUACCGCCUGAGAGUAGAAUUUCCUAGGGGCUCCCAGAAUUCUGGUGGUGGACACAGGGGUAGCAGUGGCCGAAGUGGAGGUAGAGGUGGUGGAGAUGGUGGGGGCAGAGGUGGUGGUGAUGGUGGUGGAAGCAAUGGAGGUAGAAGUCGAGGACCACCUGCAAGAAGAACUAAUUACAGAGUUAUUGUGACGGGGUUACCUCCUACUGGCUCAUGGCAAGAUCUUAAAGAUCACAUGAGAGAAGCUGGUGAUGUCUGCUAUGCUGAUACAUACAAAGAUGGAACUGGAAUGGUCGAGUUCCUUCGUUAUGAGGACAUGAAAUACGCCAUAAAGAAGCUAGAUGAUUCGAGAUUCCGUUCACACGAGGGGGAAGUGUCCUAUGUCCGCGUGAAAGAAGACAGCGGUGAUGGUCGCAGUGGUGGAACCCGCGAUCGAUCCCGAUCAUAUUCUCCAGCCGGUGGUGGAGGUGGCAAGACACGCGGAAGUCGCGGCUCUCCCAGCUAUUCCCCCGUUCGCCGUGGUUCUUAUUCCCGUUCACGCUCACGCUCACCUCGUUCCAGAUCACGCUCUUAAGGACAUGACUGGAAACGAAAAUCAGGAAAA